UCGUCGAGCUCGAGCACCGCCGCCUCUUCCGCGUUCAUCGAGCAGCCGGUGACAGAAGCGCACAGAUCCGGACGGGUCCAUUUAAUCUCCGCUCAGUCAUUCAUUCAUUCAUUCAGCGGAAGGAAAUAACGCCGAUAUGUCGUACGAGCUCAAGCGCGUGUUUGCCAGUCUGCCCCAUAUGGAGAGGGGCGUGGCCAAAGUCCUGGGCGGAGACCCCAAAGGGAACAACUUCCUGUAUACCAACGGGAAGAGUGUGAUCAUCAGAAACAUCGAUAACCCUGCGAUCGCAGACGUCUACACUGAACACCCGCAUCAGGUGAUCGUAGCGAAAUACGCCCCGAGUGGAUUCUACAUUGCGUCGGGCGAUGUGUCGGGGAAAAUCCGGAUCUGGGACACGACGCAGAAGGAGCAUUUGCUGAAGUACGAGUACCAGCCGUUCGGAGGGAAGAUCAAGGACAUCGCCUGGACUGAAGACAGCAAGAGAAUAGCUGUGGUGGGGGAGGGUCGAGAGAAGUUUGGAGCAGUGUUUCUCUGGGAUACGGGUUCAUCUGUCGGUGAGAUUGUGGGUCAUAGUAAGAUCAUCAACAGUGUGGACAUCAAACAGACUCGUCCGUAUCGUCUGGUGACGGGCAGUGACGACAACUGCACCACAUUCCUGGAGGGACCACCCUUUAAAUUCAAAUGUACCAUGAGUGAUCACAGUCGGUUUGUGAACUGUGUGCGGUUUUCUCCUGAUGGUAAUCGUUAUGCAUCAGCCGGUGCCGACGGACAGAUUUUCCUGUAUGAUGGUAAAACAGGAGAUAAGGUGGGAUCUCUGGGAGGAGAGAAGGCCCAUGAUGGAGGCAUUUACGCUGUCAGCUGGAGUUCUGACAGCACGCAGCUCAUCUCAGCAUCAGGUGAUAAGACGGUUAAAUUAUGGGAUGUUGGCAGCGGGACCGCGGUGACGACCUUUAACCUGGGCUCUGAUGUUCUGGACCAGCAGCUGGGCUGUCUGUGGCAGAAGAAUCACCUGCUCAGCAUCUCUCUGUCUGGAUACAUCAACUACCUGGACAGGAACAACCCCGAUCGCCCGCUGCGCACCAUCAAAGGUCACACUAAAUCCAUCCAGUGUCUGACGGUUCACUCGGUGGACGGCCGAUCAAACAUCUAUUCAGCCAGUCAUGAUGGACACAUUAAUUACUGGGACUCAGAGACUGGAGAUAACGAGGAGUUUCUGGGGAAGGGUCACUCUAACCUGGUCGCUAAGAUGACUGUAGAUGACUCGGGUCGUCUGGUCACCUGCAGUAUGGACGACACCGUCCGCUACACUGACCUCAAUAAGAAAGAGUACAGUGCGUCUGAUGUGGUAAAAAUGGACAUGCAGCCAAAGUGUGUCAGUGUGGGUCCCGGAGGAGUCGUUGUCGCCGUGUGCAUCGGACAGCUGGUUCUGUUGAAGGACAAGAAGAAGCUCUUCACUCUGGACUCUCUCGGUUACGAGCCUGAAGCUGCUGCCGUUCACCCUGGAGGCGGGACUGUGGCUGUGGGCGGAGCUGAUGGAAAGGUGCAUCUGUACUCUGUUCAUGGAAACACACUGAAGGAUGAUGGGAAGCUGUUGUCAGUUCAGGGGCCGGUGACGGACAUGUCAUACUCUCGUGACGGAGCGUACCUCGCUGUAACCGAUGAGAAGAAGGUCGUCACUGUGUUCACUGUCGCUGAUGGAUACUCGGAGAAGAAUGAGUUCUACGGUCAUCACGCCAAGGUCAUGUGUUUGGCCUGGUCACCUGAUAAUGAGCACUUUGCCACCAGUGGAAUGGACAUGAUGGUUUAUGUGUGGACCAUCAAUGAUACGGAGAAGAGGAUCAAAUUACCAGAUACCCAUCGGUUGCAUCAUGUCAGUGGUCUGGCGUGGCUCAACACAAACACGCUCGUCACGACAUCUCACGACUCGUGUGUGAAACAGUGGACAUUAAAAAUCUAAACGCACAUGUCAGCGGGAUCAACAGAGACGACUCCCCGUGUCUCUCUCUCUCUCUCUCUCUCUCUCUCUCUCAUUUUCUGUAUGUAACUCUGGUUUUGGUUGGGCUCAUUUCUUCUGCAGGUUUUCAGCUGCUGAACUAACACACAAUAGAACGAUGAUGUCAUAGUGUUUCACUGCACAGACAGACAGGAACCCUUGAACACUCGAGCAACACUUGACUUUCCAAAACAACACACAUCUGACCACAAACUCUGUCAGUGUCACAUUCCAGAAGCAGGGGUCAGAGUUCAUGACCUGGCCGAGGGUAGCUGUGUGUUCAUGGAGCUCUGCAGCAGAUGUUUGGAUGGUUUCCUCUCCCGUGUGUGUGAGGGUGUGUGUGAGGGUGUGUGUGAGAGGAUGUUCGGGAGCAAUAAUCAUACAGCAGAAAGUGUCUGAACCCCGUGUGUGAUGAUAGUUUGUUCUGUCUGACUCCUCACAUGUUGUUGAUUUACUAAGUUUGUUUGGAUGUUUCAUUUUUCAUUGGGUGGAUGUGAUUCAUAAUUGUAUUAAUAAUGAGAAUAAAACACUUUUUAUGCACUU